AUGCACCCAACAGGGUCAGUGGAUAGUAGCUUCUCCCGCUCUGCUGUGCAGACCCUCUCCCGGAGCCACUGCCGCAACAUCAGACAGAAGAUCUCCCAGUGGGAGGGGAGGACACGAGGGUGCUCCAGCAAGGAGAAACAGCUGCUGAAGGACUUUGGAGUAACAUAUGAUCCCAGCUGCGAUGCUCUACCCAAAGUAAAGCCAGAACAUACAGGGAUGGGCAGAAAGACUGGGUCCAAAGAUCCAAAGAGCCUGGGUUUGGACUUCAGGGAAGAUGCACAGAGCUGCUUGCACACUGAUGACAGUGGUGACCUCAAGCCCUGUGCAUGCAGCCUAGCUUUCCAAGCCAAGGAGAAAGGAGAGUGGCAAGCAGGCUUCGUGGACCCAGGGGCGACACUGCCCCCAGGGUACUUCUAUACCUCGCAAGCUCUGUGGAGGACAGUACAUCCCCUUCUGCCUGGCAAAGCCCCACCAGUUCCCUUGGACCUUCAAAGGAAACGAGGGAGCUGUGGCUCCACAGAAAGAGAACUUAAAAUCAAAGGUGUAGACUCUCUCUGCAGGGCAGAGAGGAGCUUGAAAAACAUUUACUCUGAGGUGGAGGGGCAAGAGGAGGAGCCAGCUGCUGUCCUGCCACCCAAGCCCCGUAGGACUUUCUGCUAUCUUGCAGAAAAGGGUGCUAGUAGCUGUAGCGAUGCCAGUGCUACCAGCGAAGCUCCCUUGCAAAAGCAACAUGGAGGAGACUUGGUGUCACCUUCCAACAAUGCUGAGAAGACAAUAGGCAGCAGGAGGAUCAGAGGGAGAACCCAGAGGAAAUCUUUUGAGUUUGAGGAUAUCCAGGGCUUCCGCAACCAGAUGGCAACCACCAACUCCCACAGACUUAGAGAAGAGGCGAACGGCACUACAGGAUCCAGGCUUGUCUACACACAGUCAGAAGACAACAUCUACGAGGACAUUAUCUGUCCUGCAAAAGAGAACCCCUAUGAAGAUAUUGGAGCGCUGCCCUUACCCCUGUGGAAGGUCCCGUCUGUCUGGAAGCUGCCACCCCCCCGGAGCACCAGUAGGACUCCCAAG